AUGCCGGCUGCCGAAGCAAAACUAGGCGACCUCCUCCUGGCCUCGGCCUCGAGUUGGGAAGAAGUCGAAGGAAACAUCUACUUCCCACGCUCUUCUAUUAAAGAUAACGCUGUCUUUGUCAAGACGGAUAGCACCACCUUUUGCCCAUGGAAAGGGACUGCGAAUUACUACCGCAUCAAUACGGGAGAUUCAAGUGUCGAGGAUGCAGCCUGGUAUUAUGCGGAGCCAUAUGAAAAGGCGAAGAAUAUUAAGGAUCAUAUUGCUUUCUAUAAAUCCAAGGUUGAAGUGACUGUGCAAUGA